GGUUUUGGUUACGAGUCGGUUUUUCCCUCUGCACCCCCGUACUCGCAAAAUUUCGUGCGUCUGCAUUUGCUGCGCCUCGUUGGCCGCCCAACCUGGACUUUGAUUGCGACGCCUCUGCCUCCUCGGCCCCUCAAGCUCAAGCUCAAGCUCCAGCCACCACGGAUUUUGAGUCUCCAACGAGUCCAAGUCCAGACUACUGCACUGCAACUGCACUCCUGCACUCCAAACCACUACCACCCGCACACGCAACCCAUAGUUCGCUUCCAGUUGGAACGGCUUGAACUUGGUACAGGACUACAAUUCAGAAGCCCCUCACAGAAAUCGAAAUCCGCAUUCUCAUCCAUAUAUUUUGCAGUAAAAUUAAUCAUCCACCCAUUAUUGGCAUUUGGCCCGCCGACCACAUCCACGGCGUCUCGCUCUGCGAAAACCACAACCAAACACUCACCAGUGCACUGCACCUCCUCCCACGGCAACCGUUUCAAAAUCCCAUCUAGCCUACCACACCGAGUGAUUUCUGCGACCGACCACGGUCCAUCGUGGCUGUUGAAGAAACGAUCUGAUCUCUUUUCCUUCCCCUCCAACCUUCUUCCCUGUUCAUAGACCCUUUGCACCAGGUCCGCUCAAUAUACCAACACCACAUGCGCUCCUAAUUCACAACAAAACACCAUAAUUCCGACUUCCCUCUCUCCUCAUUGCUUCAACUGAUCCCAGAGAUCAUUACGGAUACUCGAUAAAUUUUUGUUUGGCAUGCUGUGCGCUGUUGAUCGGUCUCAGUAAAAGAAAUCACCCCCCUUCGACGUCGGCGGACGGUUGUCCCCCAAAAUCGCAAUUAUGGAGGACGUCGCAAACAACCUGGCAAAUGCUCAUCAGUUAUACGAACGAAUGGGUGGGGGAUCGAGUAAUGGCACAGCAGACAGGCCGCCCAUAUAUAAAGUCAUUGGAAUAUGCCUGGCCAUCGCAUCCGGUGUCUUCAUCGGCGUAUCAUUUGUGCUAAAGAAGGUUGGGUUAUUAAAGGCCAACGACAAAUAUGAAGAAGUGGCGGGUGAAGGUUAUGGAUAUUUGAAGAAUACCUUCUGGUGGACCGGCAUGAUCCUAAUGAUAAUUGGAGAGAUUUGCAACUUUGUGGCAUACGCUUUUACCGAUGCGAUUCUGGUUACUCCCAUGGGUGCUUUAUCCGUCGUUAUUACCGCCAUUCUAUCCGCCAUAUUCUUGAAGGAACGAUUGAGUAUGGUGGGCAAGGUUGGCUGUUUUCUAUGCAUUAUCGGAUCCGUGGUUAUUGUGCUUAAUGCGCCCGAGUCCUCCUCUGCUGCUACCAUUCAAGAAAUGCAGGCUUUUGUCAUUGCACCUGGCUUUUUGAGUUAUGCCGGUGUGAUUAUAAUUGCUUGUUCAUUCACUGCCUGGUGGGCAGGCCCAAGAUACGGAAAGAAGACCAUGAUGGUAUAUAUCUCGAUUUGCAGUCUUAUCGGAGGUCUCAGUGUUGUUGCAACUCAAGGAUUAGGAGCUGCUAUCAUCUCUCAAAUUGGUGGAGUGAAGCAGUAUGACCAGUGGUUUCUUUACGUUCUAUUCGUUUUCGUAAUUUGCACUCUGUUAGUUGAGAUCAUCUAUCUCAACGUAAGUAUCAAAAUCACUUCUCUCUCGGACAUCUCUAACUCCUGUUCAGAAAGCCCUCAAUCUUUUUAAUGCCGCUUUGGUCACACCUACCUAUUAUGUAUUUUUUACAAGUUCCACCAUCAUCACUUCGGCUAUUCUAUUCCGAGGCUUCAAGGGGACUCCAAAGUCCAUCAUUACAGUCGUGAUGGGCUUUUUUACCAUUUGCGCGGGGGUCGUUCUUCUCCAACUCUCGAAAUCUGCAAAGGAUGUUCCAGAUACAGCUGUAUUUGCAGGUGAUCUCGACCAAGUUCGAACUAUUGCAGAACAAGAGCAACCCGAAACCGAGCCAAAAGCAGAUGCCAUUAGAGGAACGGCUGCUAUCAUCAGAAGAUUUUCUCAAGCAAGAACCAAGAUGGAAGCAGAGGAGGCUAAAAGACUCCAUGAAGAAAAGAUGGCCCAUGAUCUUGAUCCUAUCGGUGAAGACGGUCAGCCUGUAUAUGAAUUCGAUGGCCUUCGAAGACGUAGAACAACAUUUGGAACCAAUGCUGGUAGCCUUCGGUCUCGCCAGAACUCCACCCCUUUCCCAGCAUACACUGAACACCCACUUCCACGAACACCUGUGCAAUCACAAACACCUAUCCAGCAUCCACCUCUAGGAAUGUCUCGAAUGCCUGAUCCAGAAGACGAAGACGAAGAAAGGCCAAUUACAAGAGGGUCUUCUGUAUUUGGGCGCUUGACAUCUGUCAUGUCCCCCAAUCGUCGCCGUUCUCAGUUUGGUAGCAAUGUCUCUAAUCGUCCUCAAAGUCCACUCCACCCAGUUCCUUUAACUGAGAUUACCGUUCCAUCUGCUUAUAAAGGAGACGACGCAGCACCAUCUUAUUAUCUAGACACCGAAUAUAAAGGCGCCAAUGAGCGCCAUAUCACAAUCGAUGAACCAGGUCGAACAGGAAGCCGAGGAAGCAGUUUACAUCCCAACUCCGCAGCUCCCACACCGCCACCUCAUUCCGCGCGCAGACAAUUCUCUUUCCAACAUAUGUUUCGAAGGGGACAAUCUGACGCCGGAGCAAACAACGGGGAUGAAUCCGCCCCACCAUCUCGCUCGCCCAUGAUCCGCAAAGGUCUGGGUCAACGAAGAACCAGCGUGAACGCCGGGACGAUGAAGGACGCCACUGAAGAAGAGAGACUAGGAUUAGUCAAGGGCGAUACGAGAACGGAGGCUCCACGACCUAGUUACGUGGGCGAGGAGACCUCCGAGGAAGAGGAAUGGCUCAGUAGCGCCCAAGAUGGAAAAGAGAGGAGGCGAGACCUCACCCCUCCUAGACGGGAACGCGAAGGAAGGGAACGGGAAAAGCAGGAGGAGGCGGGCAUCCGAGAGAGCUCGGAGGAUUACUAUCAGAAGCAGAAGGCGAAGUGGGAGGCGUCGGGUGGGGGUACGAAGGAGAGGAGUAGGACGCCGCCGGAUGAGAGGUUUGGU